UUUUCAUAGCUUCGUAUAUAUAAAGCUUAUACGCUCUUCCUUCUCCUUCGUACCACUACAUUCCUUUCGCAGCCUCCAUUUACGUAUCUCUCAUUCUUCUCCCUUUAGGUUGUUUGUUUUUCGAAUCCGACGGAAAAAAUGGAAUCUUUUUUGUUUACCUCUGAGUCUGUCAACGAGGGACAUCCAGACAAGCUCUGUGAUCAGAUCUCCGACGCAAUCCUCGACGCUUGUCUCGAGCAAGACCCCGAGAGCAAAGUCGCUUGCGAGACCUGUACCAAGACCAACAUGGUCAUGGUCUUCGGCGAAAUCACCACCAAGGCUAACGUCGAUUACGAGAAGAUCGUCCGUAAAACUUGCCGUGAAAUCGGAUUCGUCUCCGACGACGUUGGUCUAGACGCUGAUAACUGCAAGGUCCUCGUCAACAUCGAGCAGCAGAGUCCAGACAUCGCACAAGGUGUCCAUGGCCAUCUCACGAAGAAGCCAGAGGAGAUCGGAGCUGGUGACCAAGGUCACAUGUUCGGCUACGCCACCGACGAGACUCCUGAGCUCAUGCCGCUUAGCCAUGUCCUCGCUACUAAGCUUGGAGCCAAGCUCACUGAAGUUCGCAAGAACGGGACUUGCGCGUGGCUGAGACCAGAUGGUAAGACUCAAGUCACAGUUGAGUACUUUAACGAGAACGGAGCUAUGGUCCCUGUCCGUGUCCACACUGUUCUCAUCUCGACGCAGCACGACGAGACAGUGACCAACGACGAGAUCGCAGCUGAUCUCAAGGAGCACGUGAUCAAGCCAGUGAUUCCAGAGAAGUACCUUGACGAGAAGACCAUCUUCCAUCUCAACCCAUCUGGUCGUUUUGUGAUCGGAGGUCCUCACGGUGACGCUGGACUCACUGGCCGUAAGAUCAUCAUCGACACUUACGGUGGAUGGGGUGCACACGGAGGUGGUGCUUUCUCCGGUAAGGAUCCGACCAAGGUCGAUAGGAGUGGUGCUUACAUCGUUAGGCAAGCAGCUAAGAGCAUUGUAGCUAGUGGGCUAGCGAGGCGGUGCAUUGUGCAAGUCUCAUACGCCAUUGGUGUCCCUGAGCCAUUGUCUGUGUUUGUGGACAGCUAUGGAACCGGGAAGAUUCCAGACAAGGAGAUUCUUGAGAUUGUGAAGGAGAGUUUUGAUUUCAGGCCAGGGAUGAUAUCUAUUAACUUGGACUUGAAGAGAGGAGGUAAUGGUAGGUUCUUGAAGACUGCUGCUUAUGGUCACUUUGGAAGGGACGACCCUGAUUUCACCUGGGAGGUUGUGAAGCCACUCAAGUCUAACAAGGUCCAAGCUUGAGAACCUGAACCAAAUCUCAGGUGUAGCCACUGUUUCACGCCUGUCCAGAUUCAGUCGCGGUCUCUGUAUUUUUAGGCUCUUUCUGGGCUUUUUAGUUUCAACUCUGAGAAUGGGUUUAAUUAUUUUUUCUUUUCAACUUUGAAGAAAGAAGUCUUUUGAGUAUUAUUUAUUUGUUAUUGUUGUGGGGAAAGUUAAAUCAUAUUUUGUAUUUUCUUGCUUCUUUUGAGAAAGAUCAUUAUAUAAAAGAGUAUUCGAUAUUA